CCGAGCGAACGGAUCGGAUCGGAUUGCUCGCGCUCCGAUUGAUUCCAACUAUUUGUCGGCCCGCCGACUGGCCGCUCCCCUGCCGAUUCCUUGCGCGGGCCAUCCUUUUGCGCUUGCGGUGCCGUUUUUCCAGCGCGGAUGCCCCCCGCCGUGUGUCAGAAAACUCACCUGUUGUGUGUGCCAAUAGGCUGCUGCCGCUGCGCUGCAGAAUCUCACGCACGCCUGCUGAGCGGCUUUGCUGAAACGGAUCGAGCGGUAGAACUCUCUCUCUCUCUCUCUCGCGCGCGUUUCCCUCCCUCUUUUGUCCGUCGUUUUCUAGGAAGAGCAGUCGAUUCUCGACUCCCUUUCCUGUCUCUGUCCCGCUCUCCCUUCUGUUUGUCCUACUCUCUCUCUCUCUCUCCAGACACACACGGCACACACACACACACACACACACACAGACACACAGAAGUGCCAUGCUAGCUAGUUGCCUGUUGCUGUUCCCGCCGUUGGGUGUGGAGGAAUCAGUAGUAGGAAGGGGGGGGGAAACCGAACGUGAGCGCGCACGCGCACGCGCUAGCAGCAGGAUCCCCAUUCGGAAAAUGAACAUGAGCAUGAUCGAUUGGCAUGCCAUCGGUGAUGAAUGACGCAGCAGAGGAAAGAGAAAGGCUGUCGUCGCGUGCAUACCUGAAGCGCGGAAGGAGGAGGGGAGGAGGAGAGCAGGCGGUUCAUCGGGCAAACGAGAACCGUGAACGAAGAGCAAAAGAGCGCGUGAAGCGCGGGGAGACGGCGCGUGAAAGCCUGGAGGCGACGGAUUUGGUGGGAAGUAUUAUCGCCAGAAAUUUUGUGGCGAAGGAUCGAGUCCCACGAGAGGAAGGAAGUCGACGGAACGUAUUAGCAGGAGGAGGAGGAGGAGGAAGGGGAGGGCGGAAGAGGGGACGCGGAGCGAUGAAGAAGGUAACUGUUCCCGGGAGCGCAAUUAAGCCAUCGGGGCUAGAUAGGAAGGGUUCGACGGAGCAGUUAAUGGAGCUUGAUAUUACGACGCAUCUCCUAUUUCGUGCGAGCAAGGGUGAUGUGGCAGGCAUCAACGAAUUGCUGCUGAAGGGUGCAGAUGUGAAUGCAACGGAUUAUGAUCUGCGUUCGGCACUCCAUCUCGCAGCGAGCGAGAACAGAGUAGAAGCAGUGAAGAUGCUUCUUGAGCGAGGAGCGAAGGUCAACGCACGAGAUCGAUGGAAUGAAACGGUGAGUGAUCCUGCUGCCGAUGACCCGUCUUCGUCUUCAUUCUGACUGAAUCUGGUCACAUCGUUCUUUUUCUUUUUUUCUUUGUUUUAUCUUUCUUUCUUUCUUUGUGUGUGCAUGUUUGUGUGUGUGUGUGUGCGUGUGUGCGUGUGUGUGUGUCUGUGUGUGUCUGUGUGUGUGUGUGUGAGAGAGAGAGAGAGAGAGAGAGAGGAGUUUUGCUGUGUGCGUGGGUGUUUUGCUGUUGCUAAGUAAGCUUGUGUGUAUCACCCUUUCUCGAGGCGGAUUCCCACUGCGCACCAAUUUAGCCAGUUUUGCAAAAG